GUCAUUUCCGCAGCUUUGUAGCUUUCACAACAGCUUUGUGAAAAAUAAAGGGAACUAAACAUUCCAACACACACACACGCACAAUCACAUCCCAGAACAAAUGAUCGAUUACUAUCAAUUUCUUGGGUUGAACAAGCGGUCGGGCGAUGACGAGGUCGCGAAAGCCUAUCGCCGCUACGCGCUCGCGUACAACCCCCUGUGCCACCCCGAGAAUCCCGAUCAGCAAGGGCUGCAGCGCAGCUUCAAAACCGCAGCGCAGGCCUACACGGUGCUGUCCAACCCAAAGGUGCGCUCCAUCUACGACAUUUACGGCGAGGAAGGCGUGCGUCACGGCGGCACUGGCCAGCAGGGCGUGCCCGGCGGGGUAGAUCUCGACAACAUCGAUCCGAACACCGUCUUCAAGCGCUUCUUCGGGGUCGACAAUCCGUUUCAAGUGAUGAGCAGCCUGGACGGCGUGAAGGAAAACCAGCAUGACUUCUUUAGCACCGCCGCUGGCAUGCCGCCGCCGCCGCCGAAGUGCCCGCCGAUCGAGGUGCGUCUGCCCAUUUCUCUAGAGGAUGUCUUCUACGGCGCAACGCGACGCGCCGUCUGGACUUGCACGCAGGUGGGCACCGCCGCGCUCGGGGCCGCCUACACCGCCACCACCGACGCGCAUGAGGUCCGCGUGGAGAAGGGCGCCAAGACGGGGGAUCGCUUUGUUGUGCCGAGCCGCGGCAACUCCGCGCCGGGCUUUGCGCGUGGCGACGUGAUUGUGGUGGUGGAGGUGGUGCCGCACCCCCGCUUCCGCCGUGAGGGGGAUGACUUGGUUACCACGGCUGCCAUCUCGCUCCGCGACGCCCUGUGCGGAACGACGAUCACCCUGCGCACGAUGGAGGGGCGGGAGCUGUCGAUCCUGAUCGACGAGAUCGUGCACCCGGCGUACCGCUCGCGCAUUGCCGGCGAGGGGCUGCCGGCGGCUGCGGGGAGUGGCGAGGCGACGCGUGGGGACUUGGUGAUUGAGUUUAACACUACCUUUCCCAGUUUCUUGACGGCGGAGCAGAAGACGGAGCUGCGACGGAUUCUGGAUGCGAAGUAA